CAUUUAUAUUUGUGUAUAUAUAAUUUUUUUUUAAGGAGAAAAUAUACAACUUGUUGGGAUUGCUGGGUGUGAGCCUCUCCCUGAGGCUUAGCAGAAUCACCGCCUUUUGCUUUGAAUAGAAAAACGGUGGCUGCUUUCUCUCCACACCAACCCACCUCACAAAAAAGUAUAAGAAACAAAACAAAAAAGCUCAUUCCCUUUUGCUAAAUAUACCAAAUUCGAAUAACCAUUUCAACAAACAGAUUCAGGGCGUCCUUUCUUUUGGUCCCUCUCGCACACUUUUCUGUGCUUAGUUCUGGCAUUCUCUCGUCUGCAUCUUGAGGGUACUUGAUAGCUUAUCAUCCAUCUGAAUUGUGUACCACUUACCUCACGUCAUUUUUGGGGGAAAAGGCCUGUUGUUUUUGGUUGUUUUUUCAUUUCUUUCGAGGGAAGUAAAAAUAAGCUUCCUCUGUUUAUAAGUUAUUUAUUGCAAUGGUAUCUUGUUUGAGACCUUGGUCUAUGGUCUAACUGCCAAAAUUUACUCUUACAGAGAAGGUACAACGGGAUUUCGUUUACCGGAGUUUUGGAUCCGUUAAAGAUAAAGCAGAAUGAAUGUUUCAAUGUGUUCAACUUCAUCUGAUAAGGCAUUUUCUUCCUAUGAGUGUUUUCGAGGAAGGAAUCUAUGUUUGUCACCUUCAAAAUCAUUCUGUAAAGAUACCAUCCGAGUGCAUAAUCGAUGUACGAGAAAAGUGAUUGUUUCCAGCCAUUUGGUACCGUACCAUCUGGAAGGUUCUAUUCCAGCAAAGGCGCAGCUUAAUGGGACUAAUGGAAAGUUACAACAUGUACGAACCUUGUUAAUCGACAACUAUGACAGUUACACCUAUAAUAUAUUUCAGGAACUGACCAUUGUGAAUGGCUUUCCUCCAGUGGUGAUCCGUAAUGAUGAGUGGACAUGGAGAGAUUUUUAUCAUUACAUAUAUCAAGAAAAGGCCUUUGACAACAUUGUCAUAUCACCUGGCCCUGGCUCACCUACAUGCUCUGCGGACAUAGGAAUAUGCCUAAGACUGCUGCUAGAGUGUGGAGACAUUCCAAUUUUAGGUGUGUGCCUUGGUCAUCAGGCUUUAGGAUAUGCCCAUGGAGCUAAAGUUGUUUGUGCACCUGAGCCUGUUCAUGGGCGAUUAAGUGAUAUUGAGCACGACUCCUGUAGGUUAUUCGAUGAAAUACCUUCAGGAAGAAAUUCAGGAUUCAAGGUGGUUAGGUACCACUCACUUGUUAUUGAUCCAGAAUCCCUCCCCAGGGAACUAAUACCAAUAGCAUGGACCUCCUCGGCAGAUGCUGUUCCUUUUCUUGUCAAUCAAGGUUCUAGUUCCAUUAAUGGUCAUGAUGGACAUGCUAGCCAACAAGUGUUCGUUGACUGCUUACCUUCUAGUUUAACCACAAGGAAAUCAGGACCUAACUGUCAAACUGAAAAACUAAUUGGAGAAAAAGUCCUUAUGGGCAUCAUGCACUCAAGCAGGCCUCACUAUGGUUUGCAGUUUCAUCCUGAGAGUGUUGCAACUGGUCACGGGAGGCAAAUUUUCAGAAACUUUGCUGACAUCACAAAGGAUUAUUGGUUCAGAUCAAGGUCAACUCCCAGUCGCGAGAGAAUUUAUGCUGCACGCAUGCAGAUGCCAGAUGUUAACCAGCUUUUCCAAGGUGUUUUCGGAGGUCAUUUGGCUAGUAGAAUGGAUGAUGCUAAACAUCUGAACUUGAAUGAUGUGGCAAAGCUGACCAAUUCAAGCUGUAAUGUAAAAUUUCUCGAGUUGAGAUGGAAAAGACUAGCAUCCCUGGCAAGCCGAGCCGGUGGAUCAAGAAAUAUAUUCUGCAAGUUGUUUGGUGAUUAUAAAGCUGAGAAUACUUUCUGGCUGGAUAGCUCAUCAGUUGAAAAGGAAAGGGCUCGGUUUUCAUUUAUGGGGGGAAUAGGUGGCACCUUGUGGAGAAAACUCGUGUUUACAUUGUCAAAUGAUAGUGAAACGGCGUUGAAUGGGAGAGGCUGUCUAAUAAUCGAAGAUGCAGAUGGGUCUUCCCAAAGCAUGCAUUUAGAGGAUGGCUUCUUUCAAUUUUUAAACAAGGAGCUGCAGUCAUUUUGCUAUGAUAAAAAGGAUUUUGAAGGAUUACCAUUUGACUUUUACGGUGGUUACAUCGGCUAUCUUGGGUAUGAUCUCAAAGUCGAAUGUGGUGUGGCCUUGAAUCGUCACAAAUCAGAGGUCCCAGAUGCUUGUUUUUACUUUUCAGAUAACUUUAUUGUGAUAGAUCAUCAAAAGGAUGAUAUCUACAUAAUGUCUGUUCAUGAUAAAAGCACAAGGGGGAGUACAUGGUUGGAUGAUGUUGAGAAAAAGUUGCUUAGAAUCGCAAGUCAUGCAAAAAAGAACAUGGAGUCUCGGACAUCUCAAAGUUCCGCAAAACAUCCACUAAAUCUGGGCUUCUCUGCUCAAAAGUCUAAAGAGCAAUAUAUCGAGGAUGUAUACAAAUGUCAGAAAUUUAUUAAAGAUGGAGAAAGCUAUGAGUUAUGUCUUACCUCUCAAUUAAAGAAAAAGAUUGGGGAAAUGGAUCCUUUUGGACUUUACCUAAAUCUUAGAGAAAACAAUCCAGCACCGUAUGCUGCUUGGCUGAAUUUUUCAAAGCAAAACUUGUCCAUUUGCUGUUCUUCUCCAGAGAGGUUCCUCCGUUUAGAUAGAGAUGGUAUUUUGGAAGCAAAACCCAUAAAGGGCACAAUUGCUCGUGGUUGUACAAAAAGUGAAGACAAAUUACUUAAACUGCAAUUGCAAUACAGCGAAAAGGAUCAGGCUGAGAAUUUGAUGAUUGUUGACCUUUUGAGGAAUGAUCUUGGAAGGGUUUGUGAACCUGGUUCUGUUUAUGUACCCCAUCUUAUGGAAGUUGAGUCGUAUGCCACAGUUCAUACUAUGGUGAGCACAAUUAGAGGGAAGAAGCGAGCGAAUGUAUCAGCCAUUGAUUGCGUCAGAGCCGCCUUCCCUGGUGGAUCGAUGACAGGUGCUCCAAAGCUGAGAUCCAUGGAAAUUCUUGAUUCCUUGGAAAAUUGCUCCAGAGGUAUCUACUCUGGCUGCAUCGGUUUCUUUUCAUACAACCAAACCUUCGACCUAAACAUUGUCAUAAGAACUGUUGUCAUACAUGAGGACGAAGCUUCUAUAGGAGCUGGAGGAGCCAUCACAUUUCUUUCCAAUCCUGAAGAAGAGUACAAAGAAAUGAUUUUGAAAACAAGAGCCCCAGCUAAUGCAGUUUAUGUCACUGAAAGCAGCAAUGCCCUACCAGUUCAAUAG